AUAGAAUUUCAGAUGUUGAUAAUAAGAAUAAACUAACUAGUUAGUAGCUGACAUCAGUAUCCAGCGUGAUUGGACAAUGGGGCUGUCCAAUGAAAACCUACUGUUCAGUUGCACCUUAAAACCUUAAAUCCUAGGAGCUGUUUGGUAAAUUCGACUCUUGAUUUUAGAGAAAGCUGUGUGAUUGAGCUCAGGUGGAGUUACAUUUUUCAAAUCUGACUACGACUGGCUGUUCAUGAUAUAUAUCGAAUGAUCUUUUGCUUUAAGAAGAAUAUUUUCAUCAACUUCUUUUUUGCUAUUUUUGUCAUCUUGAUAUUUUGUUGAAUAUGCCUUUACAGAAUGCUUCAAUCAAAGUAACAGAAUUUAUUAUAGGUGGUUUUGACAAAACUGAAAAGCCUUUUGUGGUUGGUGUGGUUAUAUUAAUUACCUAUGUUCUUGCUAUAUUAGCCAAUAUGAUGAACAUCCUCUUCAUCAUAUAUGACAAGCGAUUACACAAACCAAUGUAUCUUCUGAUUUGCAACCUUGCUGUUGUUGAUAUACUAUACACGUCCAGUACCAGUCCAACAAUGAUUGGGGUUCUAGUUGCUGGUGUUAAUACCAUAUCAUAUGUGCCAUGCUUCAUUGGAAUGUUUGCUUUCCAUGUGGGAGGGAUAAUGGAGAUGUUUGCUUUAUCAAUUAUGGCAUUUGAUCGAUUGAUUGCUAUUAGUUGUCCAUUUAAGUACCACAGUUAUUUAACAAAUGUGCGCACUCUUGUCCUUACAUAUAUCCUGUGGAUUGUUGCCUGUGCUUUUGCGUCCACUCUGCAAGCAACUCUGCUACCUCUCCCUCACUGCCACUCAAAGCUGAAGUAUACUUUCUGUGAAUAUGCUGCCAUAAUACGAACUACAUGUGUUGAUCCCACACCCUAUUUCAAUCUGGUUACAGUCAUAGUAUUUUUUGUUUUAUUUUCCACAUUCACGUUUAUUUGCCUGUCGUACAUUUUGAUCAUAUUUUUUGUCAAAUUAUCCUCAGAUAGUAACAAAAGGAAAAUGGGCAGCACUUGUUUGAGUCACUUGGUUGUGGUAAUGUGUUUUUACUGUCCAGUAUUUGUUAUCGUUGUCUUGACCAGGAUGGGUGUGGUAUUAACUCUUGAGGCUCGCCAUGGCUUACUGAUCGGGACUAUCCUUGGUCCAUCUCUUGUAAAUCCUUUUGUGUACUGUCUUAGGACAAAAGAAAUUAGAUGGAUGGAGUCGCCAGGAACUGCUCGUUCCCACCCGCCAUGUCCUGGCCUCAUCACCGCCACUGCUGCUGUCAACAGGCAUCACUUCUGUUUCAAGUGCCUUGGACAGGGCCACGCAAAGAGCAGCAUGAUGCAGCCACCGCCCUGCGUAAUCUGCCAGGCACUUCCUUCAGAUCAAUGCCAGAAGCGGAGGAGCUUGAGAUAG